UGCCAAGCGUCUCGAACCGCCGCCGGAGAGCCACCGCCGCCGCUGUUGCUACUCCUACUGCCGCCGCUCCCGCCAGUGUCAAACGCGCAGUGCCGAUCGACGUGAGUGUAAUCCGCGCGCCAGCUAAAAAGUUCGUAAACAAGUGAAACCGGAAAAGCGGAAAACUGUGAACUGUGAAGCUCGGAUGAUUGGAUAGUAUUAGCAAAAACUCCAACGGUGUGCGGGAUAAAAAAUAGGAUGUGCUGCAAUUUGUGUUCACUGCCGCCGUCGCUGCGUAGUCACUUCUUCUUGUAAUCGGAGACUUUCCUCUCCGGGCAGCAUGUUGGCGUCUGUGAUUAUCUCGAUGGUGAUGGUCGUUACUUCUUCAGGAGCAGGCGCCGGGGCGCACGACGCGCCCGCCGCGAGCGUCGGCAGCGUCAGCCUCGCCUCGAAGAAGUUCCGAGACUUCCUGCAGGAGUGGCCGACCCCCGGGACGGGACCAUAUUUCGACACGAGCAUAAAUUCAAAUAUCACCGGCCUCGUUGGGAAAACCGUAAUGCUGCACUGCCGAGUGAAGAAUCUCGGCAACCGAACGGUUUCAUGGGUGAGGCAUCGAGAUAUUCAUUUACUGACAGUGGGAAGAUAUACUUACACUUCCGAUCAGCGAUUUGAAGCGAUUCACUCGCCGCAUACUGAAGAGUGGACGCUGCGCAUCCGCUAUCCUCAGCGGAAGGACACCGGGAUUUACGAGUGUCAGAUUAGCACGACGCCACCGAUAGGCACACCCGUCCAUUUGACUGUUGUCGAACCAAUAACAGAAAUCCUUGGAGGUCCUGACCUGUUCAUCAACUUGGGCUCGACGAUCAAUCUGACGUGCCUGGUGAAGUACGCCCCCGAACCACCGCCGACGAUGAUGUGGUCACAUAAUUCGGUAGCGAUCAAUUUCGAUUCGCCACGCGGUGGUAUCAGCCUGGUGACGGAAAAGGGCCCGGUAACCACCAGCCGCCUGCUCAUCCAGAAAGCAGCCCAGGGUGAUUCCGGGCUUUACACCUGCUUGCCCACCAACGCCAAUGCGUACAAUGUACGCGUGCACAUCCUCAACGGCGAACACCCCGCAGCGAUGCAUCAUGGAAGGGGUUGCUGGUCGACAGAACCACACAUGUUGAUCCUCAUCAGCCUACUAUUACUCCUGAUACGUCAAACAACGUAGCACAAACACUUCUAAACAGCGAGUGAAAAACUCAAAAUGAUAAAAAUUUUAUAAAACGGCGAUUAAUCUAACCACUUAAGACAAAAUUUAACCGGAUUCAUCAUUUCGCAAACCAGUUCAUGUUUAUAUGUUACAACUAAGACAUAUAUCAAAGCAUUAAUAAAUUAAUUAAUCAAUAAACUAACGUAGGAUAACACUAACACGCUAAUAAUCCGUAAAAGUAACGAUUUUUUUCUAUUUUCGAAUAAAACACAAGUGAAAACACAGACAUUGGACAAAACAACAAAUAAAUUACAUUAUAAUAGAAUUAAAGACUAAGUGAAAUUUGAAUAAUAAUAACGUAUAAGAAUAAUAAUAAUAUUAAUAAAAAAUAUAUCUAAAAAUAAUUCGUUAAAUUACGAUGACAACAAACAGAAUUAAAUUCUAUUUUUGUUUAUAAUAUUUACAGUUUAUAAAAAUGAUGAAGGUAUAAUUAAUACACGCGUCGUGCAAAUGUGACACUGAUGGAUGAAUGUGAAAAUUUGUUGAUGAAAAUUCUCGUUGUACAUAUCAAUGAAUAAACAACUUUAAUAACUAA